ACGGACCCCCUAUCCAUAUCGCCUUCUGUCCCCGGUUUCGCCUUCUCCCCGGCUCCCACAAGCCCAGGCUUUGGUUAUAUCGACUCAGCACAUGCCUUUGAUGCUUUGAUGAAACAACUCAACUAUUCCAAAUACGUGAUCCAAGGCGGCGAUUUAGGUGGGUUGAUACUCCGCCAUCAAGCAUACCUGUAUCCCGAUUCCGCGAUCUCCUGCCUGUCCAACUUCUGGGUCGUGGCUCCCAACGCUUCAGAUCUCGAGAGGUACCGCGACAACACGACCACGUCAGACGAGACAGCUGCAAUUAACAAUUACAAGGAAUUUACUGAGAAUGCCUGGAGCUAUGGUCAGAUCCAACAACAGCGGCCAUUGCGCCUGGGAUUCGGUUUGACGGAUAGCCCUGUCGGACUCGCCAUGUGGAUUUACGACGCGAUGUGGCCCGGUGUUUCUGAUCCUUCCUUUUGGUCGACCGAAGAUAUCAUCACCUGGACAAUGAUGCAUUGGAUCCAAGGGCCCUAUGGAGCUACUCGGAUCUACAGAGAAGCCGCAAAGAGCGGCAGCCUCACCUUGAACGGCGUCGGCGACUUCCCUUAUGUCAAGCAACCUGUAGCAAUCUCUGAAUUCGUGCGAGAUAUCUGGUACCAGACCCCCCUCGAUUGGGCCCAACGCCUUGGCAACGUCACGCACCGAACCGUGCACAACACAGGCGGUCACUACCCCUCGACCGAAACCCCAUCUCUCCUGAUCACCGACAUCCGCACGUUCUUUGCAAAUACACAGAUCUCUGGAACGGGAGUCUUCUUUUCAUUCGGCAAAUACCCACCCUUA